AUGCGUCAUUAUACAACCAGCGGAUCCGAGGAUGAUAAAACGACCACAACGACUCAAGAUCUUACGACGAUGAACCACACUGCUCCUCCUGCCGUACAAGAUACCACUGUACUGGAUACUUUAUCACAAACACCUACAGCCGAUGCCAUUGUAGGAGCAGCAGCUCAAAUUGGAGAUUUCAAGAGUAUGGGACUUUGUAACUUUACGCCAGUGGGUGGUUUGGAAGCUAUGUUGGAAGCUGUACAUGUAACGAUGGGAUUACCAUGGUGGGGAUCGAUUGCAGUAGCUACAUUGGUUGUUCGUACUGCUCUUUUACCUUUGAUUGUCAAGUUACAACGCAACAAUGCUCGUUUGAUGAAUAUCAACCCUGAAGUCACUAGAAUUAUGAAUAAUCUCAAGACUGCACAAGCUGAUGGGGAUGCUGUGGCUACAGGGAAAUACUCUCAUGAAAUCAGUGAUCUUUUCAAGAAGAAUCAAUGUCAUCCUAUGAAAUCUUUGGGAUUACCUUUGAUUCAAAUGCCUGUGAUGAUUUCUUUCUUUAUGGCUCUUCGUGCAAUGGCUGAACUUCCUGUACCUGGUAUGACUGAAGGUGGUUUAUCUUGGUUCUCCAACUUGGCACUUCCUGAUCCUUAUUAUAUCUUACCUGUAAUCAGUGCUACUGGUAUGUUGGCUGUUUUAGAAGCUGGUACUGAAGCUGGUUCUGCUACUCCUCAAUCAAAAGGAAUGAAGAAUUUUAUGCGUGGUAUUACUGUAUUGACUGUACCUUUCACUGCCUGGAUGCCUAGCGGUGUAUUUGUUUAUUGGAUCACAUCAAAUAUUUUCUCUAUUGGACAAAUCUUGGCUUUGAAGAAUCCUUCAAUUCGUAGUGCUUUGAAUAUCCCUCAACUCAUCAAACCUGCCAAGGAAUUACAAAAGGAUUCGAAAGGAUUUAUGGAAAAUUUCAGAGAUCAACAAAAGUUAUACGAAAAGAAGGAAAAAGAUCGUGUACUUCGAGAACGUCAAUUAGCUGCUGCUAGUGCUAGAAGAGCCGCUAAACGUCGAUUUUAG